AUGCAGUCGGUUCCGCAAGCAGAAACCCCACUGCCUUUAAAGCAGAUGUUUGCCCUUGCUGUGGUUUUGCUUAAUGAAAGUUUGUGCUCUACGAUGCUUCUUCCAUACGUGGGUUUGCUUGUCUCCCAUAUUCAAAAUAAACCACCUGAAGAAGCCGGUUAUGUCUCUGGUCUUCUUGUUGGUGUUUUUAUGUUUGGACAGGUAGUUAGUAGUACCUGGUGGGGAUGUUUUAGUGAUAAAUAUGGUCGUCGACCACCUCUUCUAAUAGGUCUUUUUUCAAGUGGUUGUAUUAUGCUUGGAUUUGGUUUUAGUGGCACUGUAUGGUUGUGUAUUCUUUUUAGGUUCGUUCAUGGACUUUUUAAUGGAAAUGUUCUUGUGGCUAAAACAGUUUUAGCCGAUAUUUUGGAUAGAACCAAUGAGGCGAAGGGAUUUACAUUGGUGAGUUUAACGUAUGGUAUCGGCACUCUCAUUGGGCCUUCCGUUGGAGGAUUACUUUAUGACCCGGCAAACAAUACAGCCAUGCAUUGGGCUGGAUUCAGUAAAGAUGGAUUGUUUGCAAAGUUUCCUGGUCUUUUACCGGCAUUAGUAGUCGUGGUAUAUACUAUAUUUGGUAUGUUUGUAUGUAUUGUAUAUGUAACAGAAUCCAAUCCAAAAGCCCAACCGCUACCUCGAUGGGUGAGAUUUCUUAUUCCUUGUUUAAGUCAUACUAGAUCAGAGAUGAUACCAUUAAGUAAUUCCCCAGCAGAAGAAGUUAAUGAGAUUGGAAAAACCAGAUGCAUUAAUAUUAAUAAAAGUAAAGGUGAAACAGUAAAGACCACAGAGACUGUAGUUGUCUCUGAAGAAAUGUUAUCACAUGAUUUAAAUGAACGUGUGAUGUAUGAAGUAUCAUUAAGUAAUAGGGAAAACAGAAAUGAUAUGCCUUUUGAAGAAGAAAUGGAGGAACUACAAGUUGGGAUGACUGAUGAAGAUGAGGAAGAAAAUGAAGAGCAUAAAAGAGCAAAUAGAAAUGGAUGGGAACAAUUAAACGAAGGGCAAUCACAAGGAGAAGCGGAGACUUUUGGUUAUAAAGAAGCCUUUACGUUCCCUACAACUAGAGAUGUGUUAAUAAUUUAUAUGCUCUUAUCGGUUGCCGACAUGGGAUUUGGAGAAAUAUUUCCCUUAUGGGCUAUUGCUGGUCCUUUAGUAGGAGGACUUGGCCUCAAAUCAGAUGAGGUUGGGUUAUUUCUUCUCUCCCACAGUGUUCCAUGUGUACUGGCAAAUCUUUGCUUUCAUUUAGCGUGUCGUGCAAUAACAGAUAAAAUGCAACUCUGGCGUGUCUCCUUAGUAGGAAUGGCUAUAGCUGUAGGAUUUAUUCCAUUUGCUUCCUAUUUCCCUCAUGGUAUUUCGCAGUUUACUGUAGUGUUACUAUGCAUGUUUUCACGUCAGUGGUUUGCCGCUUGGGCGUAUAGUCUCAUCACACUUCUCACCGCUCGAUCUGCCCCAAAAGGAUGUGUGGGUACAAUGUAUGGUAUAAACCAAUCCUGUGGUGCAGUGAUGCGGUGUGUGGGACCCAUCAUAGUUACACCUCUCUUUGCAUGGUCUAUUUCAGGUAAUCAUAUGCCUCCAUUUAACCACAUGUUUGUUUUUAUCUUAACAUUUAUUAUCUUUCUCUUGGCGGCUCUAUUAUCAUAUAAAAUAGUUAUCGUAGAAGAUAUAGGAACGCAAACUGUUGUACAAGAAGUGGAAGAAGUUGUACAUGGAGUGGAAGAAGUUCCACAAGGAUUCGUUGGUGAGUUAAAUUCAAGACAUUCUCAUGAUCAGUAG